AUGGACAGCGCGGCCGCCGCCUUCGCCCUGGACCCGCCGGCGCCCGGCCCGGGGUCCCCGCCCGCACCCGGUGAUUGCGCCCAGGCGCGCAAGAACUUCUCGGUGAGCCACCUCCUGGACCUGGAGGAGGUGGCGGCGGCCGGGCGCAGGGCUGCCGGGCCGGUGGCGGGGCCCGAGGCGCGGGAGGGAGCGACGCGCGAGCCGUCCGGGGGCAGCAGCGGCAGCGAGGCGGCGCCGCAGGACGGUGAGUGUCCCAGCCCAGGCCGCAGCAGUGCCACCAAGCGAAAGAAGAAGCAGCGCCGGAACCGAACCACGUUCAACAGUAGCCAGCUGCAGGCACUGGAGAGAGUGUUUGAGCGCACGCACUACCCGGACGCCUUUGUGCGUGAGGAGCUGGCCCGGCGCGUCAACCUCAGCGAGGCCCGUGUCCAGGUCUGGUUCCAGAACCGCCGUGCCAAGUUUCGCCGGAACGAGCGUGCCAUGCUGGCUACCCGCUCUGCCUCUCUGCUCAAGUCCUAUGGCCAGGAGACCGCCAUUGAGCAGCCGGUGGCCCCCCGACCAACCGCGCUGAACCCGGAUUAUCUGUCUUGGCCAGCAUCAUCCCCCUACAGCUCUGUGCCUCCCUACAGCCCCGGAGGCUCAAGUCCUGCCACCCCUGGGGUCAACAUGGCCAACAGCAUCGCCAGCCUGCGCCUCAAGGCCAAAGAGUUCAGCCUGCACCACAGCCGGGUGCCCACAGUGAACUGA